AUGGGAAUGCAUCAGCCUGAUGCUUCUGAUAAUUUAAAAGGCUUCUUGAAGAAGGUUGAUGGAAUUGAGAGCCUAAUAGCUAAGCUGACGAAUCUCUUGACUAAGCUCCAGACUGCAAACGAGGAAUCAAAAGCAGUUACGAAAGCAAGUGCCAUGAAAGCAAUUAAGCAGCGAAUGGAGAAAGAUAUUGAUGAAGUGGGGAAAAUUGCUCGUAUGGCAAAAACAAAAGUUGAUGAACUGGAAAAAGAUUUGUUCACUGUGCUUACCGGUCUCUACAGAGCAGUCAAAAAGAAAUUGAAGGAACGGAUGGACGAUUUUCAGGUAUUGAGAGAAUCAAUCCGGCAGGAGUACCGGGAAGUUGUUGAAAGAAGGGUAUUUACUGUAACUGGCAAUCGCCCUGAUGAAGAGACUAUUGAUGAUUUAAUCGAGACAGGGAGAAGUGAGCAAAUUUUCAAAGAUGCUGUUCAGCAGCAGGGGAGAGGCCAGAUAUUGGAUACUGUUGCUGAGAUACAGGAGCGUCAUGAUGCUGUCAGAGAUCUGGAGAGGAAGCUUCUGGAGUUGCAGCAGAUAUUCCUGGAUAUGGCAGUAUUGGUUGAGGCUCAAGGAGACAUGAUCAACCACAUAGAGACACAUGUUUCAAAUGCUACCAACCACAUACAGCAAGGUGUGGGUGCUCUCCAGAAUGCAAAGAAGCUGCAGAAAAACUCGAGAAAGUGGAUGUGCUACGCCAUCAUCCUUCUCCUGUUCUGUGACCGAUUCAAACUCUUCUAUCAUUGUACCUAUGCUCAACCAGACAAAGCCCCAUAUUGUUUGCCCCUGGAGGUGGUGCUAUUCAUUUGUGUUUCGUGUGCUCCAGCUAUUUUAGCGGUGAAAGUGGUGAACGCGAAACCGAAAUGUGCAUUCUUGUUCCUAAAUCCAUUUAUUGCAGUUUGUGCACCAUACUAA